UGCUGCACCUCAAACCCUGGCACUGCAAAAAUCCCGUCUGCUUCUGGGAGCAGUGACACUGAGGCACCCAACCACACAUGGCACAGGCUGGGAGCACACAGGGAGGCACGGAGAAGCAGUGAGACAAGCCAGGAGUCCUGACCCAGGGCGUGGGACUGUCCCUGUCCCUCCUCCUAAAGCUGUCUCACUCAGGUGCAGCAUAUCACCCCCGUUACAGAGACCUCUGCAUAAAAGCCCCAAGUUGCCACAACACCUGGGUACCUUGGGGUCACUCCUCCCUGGAUGCUGGAGGAAAGGCACCUUCUCUCUGGGCACAGGACCAGCAGGGAAUAAAAGCUGCGUGUAUCAGCCCUCGUCUUGCUGCUGCUGGUUGUCAGCACGAGGAGCUGUCGUGUUUAUCCACACUCAAGGGCAAUCGUCCGUCACUAACAACACAAGGCAGCGCAACACCCUCGGCCCCGCUGCCCCAAGCCUGGCGAGGGAGCAGGACAGAGCCAGCAGGAGGGUAGUGCCACCGGGCAAGGACGGGCAGCCCUGGGACAUCCAGACAAGAGCAGGGACAAGAGACUUGCCAUGGACUACACUCUGGAGACCAGCCAGCAGAAGGAGAAGCUUCUGAAAGCCAUCUACACCCUCCAGCUGAAGUCAAUCGCCACGUUUCAGACCGCCAGCCCUCUGCUGAGCAGCCAGCAGGGCAUGGGCAUGGUGACGCACCACCACGUCCACCAGCUGGCAGACAAGACCAAAAGCUUGUGUAGAGACCUGGACAACAUCAAGAACCUCCUCCACUACUGCCAGGACGACCUGGUCCGGCAGAUCCCCAACCCCACAGGCAGCCGCUACGGGGCAGUAAGCGGAAUCCAUUGCUCCCUGGAGGGCUCCAUCUACGUGACAGCCGAGGGUGCUCCCUGGGUGCAUGUCCUCAGCAGCACAGGCCAAAUGCUGCAGUCCCUGCCCUGCCGGCAAACGGGGAUGGAAAGCGGCACUUUCCUGCCAGAGGACGUGACUGUGACUCGGACAGGAAUGGUGGCUGUAGCCGAUAUGAUAAACGGAGCUGUCUGGGUCUUCAACCCUCACACCAGCCCCUCCAAGGGGGAAUGGAUAAAGAUCAGAAAGGUUGGUUCCCCCAGGGGCAUUGGAGUAGACUCCACGGGCAAGAUCUUAGUAGCAGACUAUGCCCAAGGCCAAGUCCACAGCUUUGCGCUGGACCGUGCCUUCAAGACAUCGAACAUCCGCUCGGUCCCCAACCUGCAGGGGCCUCGCUACCUCAGCCCCGCGCCCAACGGAGGCUUUGUGAUAAGCGAGGAGUGUGGAGACGUCAAGGUGUUCACGAGCAGCCAUAAGCUCGUUUGCUCCCUCAGCAGCAAAUACGGACACCAGUUCGGCAACCCAGCAGGGGUGUGUGUUGACGUGGAAGGCAGCAUUGUGGUUGCAGACGAGCAGCGCCGCACGGUCCACUUGUUCCCGGAGAGCGGGGCUCCUGUCUGCUUGGUGUCCACAGGGCUGAGGAGACCUGCCGGCGUGGCCUGCUCCUCCUUUGGGCACCUCUUUGUGGCAGACACAGGGGAGAAUUGUGUCAAAGUCUUUAAGUACCAUGUGAGGCCCCGCCAGCCCUUGGGCACUUUGUGACAACCCCAGCCUUUGUGACAACUCC